AUGCUAAGAGAAGUUCUAGCGGACGCAAUAGGAGCUCAUAUGAGAAGUGAAAUUUUACCUGCAAGUAGAUUCGCUUACUACGCUGGAUAUGUUUCUUACAGAAAAGUUAGAGAAUUGCAUGAUUGCUUUGAUCAGCUAAAAAUAUGUCUUAAUACUCAAGGAUUGGGUUGGAAAAAACCCAAAAGUGUUCCAGAAAUGACUAACUUUACAGUUGAAAAGAUUCGGAUAGGGCCUAGUGAUAUAUUUGAUCCAUGUGCUAGACUAGUAACUAAAAGAGAUUCAAAAUCGUGUAUUCAUUUACCUACACCUAAGUUAGAUGAUCAUCUUCAUCCGUAUGCAAUAGCUUUACCUUAUAAACAAAAUGGCUUAAUGAAUCUUAUGUCUCCUCUGUCUGAAAAUAUAAUUUUGAAGUAUUAUACAACAGCCUCAAAGUGCAUAUUAAGUAAUUCUCCAGGUACAUGUCGUCAUACAGAUUUUGUAAAUUUUAAUAAUGAUCUCUGGCAUUGGAUGAAGAGAGAUGUCGCGCCACGUCUUAUUGAUGAAAAAUUAUAUGCUGCUUAUGGUGGCGUAUUGAGAGUAGCAGCUGCGGUUCAAAGUUACGGUAAGGGGUUACAUCGAAGAAAUCUUUUUGAUUAUGAAGAUGCAGGAGUGUCAAAAUGGCAUCCUUGGAAAGCGUUGAGGGAAUCUUAUGUAUAUAUUAACACUGAUUGGACGCCACAUUUAUAUGUCGCUGUUGUAAUUCUAAUAAGUUUAGCCAUUUGUCUAUUACAAAUCUGCUACAGUUAUAUUUUGGAUGACGAAAAUGGUUGUCACUGCAAAGGAUCUAAACGUUCUUCUGUAAGUAAAGAUGUGGCUUACGCUAAAGUAGACUCAAAUAUACCGGCAAUGUUACCAUCUCAUCAAAAUGCUGUUUAUUAUACGGAUAAAAAACGAGCACAAAGAUCAAUCUCUAAAGCAAAAACACCUUCUGUUCGUUCUAUUAAAACCCAAAAAGUUUAUGAUUUGCACGAAAAUACCGAAAAAUUAAUGGCUGUCAUAAUGAGCGAUAGUGAGAAUUCUAGCGACGAUUCUUUACCAUCAAAGACUAGCCAAAUUAAGAGUGAAAAUGUUAUAGAUGUAGGGCAUCCAGAAAGACCGAAGAGUCCGCCAAAAAUAGAAACACCGAUAAUGCAAAUGAAAGUCAAGAGACAUUUGGUCAAGACUAAACCUCAGUUGCAAAUGUACUCGACAAGCACGGCCACUAAUUCUGAGCAGACCUAUCGAGGUAUUCAGCCAACGGAUUCUUGGUCAGGAUCAAGUAGUGUUACUUCAGCGCAAUCUGCUAGUUCAGGCAGUUCUAAGACUAGAGCACGUAGGUCUAGAAGUUCGCGAGAUUUGGCGUGGGCUCGACGGGUGGUAUCCAAACAUUCCUUACAUGCUACUACUUCAGGCACCGAACUGGAAGCAAACUCCUUCACCACUCCGUUAUCACAAACA